AUUCUGGACAACGUGGCUUUCAUCAUAGUGGAGGAGAGCCAGGAGGGCCAGUCCGAGUACACCAUGUGGAAGGAAGUGUUCAUCAUUAUUGACCUGCUGUGUUGUGGGGCUAUCCUCUUCCCAGUCGUGUGGUCCAUACGUCACCUGCAGCAGAGUGCCAGAACAGAUGGCAAGGCUGCCAUCAGUCUUCAAAAGCUGAAGUUAUUUAGGCAGUUUUAUAUCAUGGUGGUGUGUUACAUCUACUUCACGAGGAUAAUAGCAUAUCUUAUAAAGAUAACUGUACCAUUCCAGUAUGAGUGGCUGUAUGACCUGUUUAGAGAGACAACAUCAUUCCUGUUUUUCUUGGUGACGGGAUGGAAGUUCCGCCCCGCGUCUAACAACCCCUAUCUACAGGUGCCCCAGGACAGUGAUGAUGAGCUUGAGAUGGAUGAAGUAGUGACGGAAUCAGGAGCACUUGACACUGUAAAGCGUGUUAAUCAGAAGGAGGAGUCAAGUACCCAGCCUAAACAGCGAGAGAGCAGUCACGAGUACGACUAACACCCGUCACGAGUAUGACUAACACCUGUCACAAUGUGACAAUACUCAAAACUGUUCUUUGUCAGUGAUAGAGUUCAGGGUUGUCUCCCUUCUUCUAAGUAAGAUCACUGGUCACCUCCCCCCACACUGCUGUGUUAUGCUGACUUAUUACCUAAAGACAACAGCUAGAGCACUCUGGCUUGGAGAUAAGCUCUUGUGGGGAUCUACUCUUAAAUCUGCAUAGCAUAUAAAUGAUUUCUAAUAAGCUUCUAUCUCUCUAUAGACUACUGUCUGAAGCGUUAACAAAACCUUGUCCACAGAGGUUCCAUUAUCGACCAUGUAUCAAUAUAAAUAUAAUUACUGUAAAUUUCAGGUUAACAAAGAAAUCUUAUAAAUAUCUAGUAAUAAAGAAAACCUGUGUACCACAUACUUGUCAGAGGGACACACUGACCUUUGACCUGUCUAGACAGGUAUGAAGUAACACUAGACUUUCAGGAGAUGAGACUUCUCCCACUAUGUAUAUUGAUUAAUAACCUAGCUAAGAUUGAGAGUUUCGAUAGCAUGCAGAACUGUUUCUAGUCAGACGAGGAUAUUUUAUUAAAUUAAGCAAUCUUCAUUUAUUCACUCCAAAAUUAUUAAUUGUAAAUAUAUUCACUUUGGAAUUAUCUAAUAUGUACAAGAGAUUAAAUGCUUAUGAUGCUCCUAAGAUAUCUAAGCAGAGAAAUACUGAGGUGUAGGCAUGAGUGUAGGUAUAUGAUAUAUUUAUGUUUUAAAUGAGCACAGAGAAGUAUGACAGGUGGUUGAUCCAAGUGUGGAGUAAUUUACAGAUCUGUGGGGAUUUUCAUGACAAAGUGCUGCAUAUCACUGAUACAAUGAGUGUUAAUGAU